UCUUUGAAGUUUUUCAUGGGUCAAGAGGUCAGUGAAAGAAGUGCAGUGGAGGAAGGCAAAAGCUUUUACACCGUCGUUCAAAGUGUCCAGUAUCAACGUAUGUAUCCUAGCAGGUGACGACAGCUGUACUUCUGUGAGGAGCCAUACUUAUUGAUUCGAUCAUGAUACACCCUCGAAAAGAUAAACUGAGAUUUGUUUUUGCUGUGGUCUCCUUCAUUAUUUUCACGAGUCUUGUCCUCAGACUCCUGCAAACUAAUGAAUUUAAACCAACAAAUAUAAUGGAAAGAUCAGUGGGAGAGGAAAAUCCUGUCGAACUGAAACCCGAUAGUAACAAAAAUGGUCCCCAUGCUGGCAAAUGUGGCCUUGCAGCAUCAUGUCUUAGUGGUUUUGCUUUUAAAAUUGCCAGUGGAGCAACCAAUGCUGUUGGACCACAAAUAUGCUUCGAUGGGAAAAUAAUUAUUGAGAAAACAGUUGGUCAUGGACGGCCCGGAAUUACUAUUGUUGUUAUAAAAGAAACAACAGGUGAACUGAUUAAAACGGCAACCUAUAAUAUGUGGAACGGAGAUGUUCGUGAGUUGAUAGAAUUUCUGAAGUCAAUCGAGGAUGGUUCAUUUGUUUUAAUGGCCACUUUUGAUGAUCCAGCCACAAAACUUAAUGAGGAAGCACGGAAUAUGAUCGCAGAAUUUGGGAGUGCUUAUGUUUCAAAACUGAAAUUCAGAGAUAACUGGGUCUUUGUGGGAGGGAAGAAAACUAUGACCCAAGUCUCUUUUGAGCAGCAUCUGAAGAAUGACAAGUCAAUAAAUCAGUAUGGAGCCUGGCCAGAAAUGAUUGAGAUGGAAGGCUGCAUUCCACGACUAGACUGAUUUUGCCUGAGGUCUUGAAUGUAUCGUCCGCUUAAAGAAGAUUUGUCAAUCACAUAACACAGCCACGGUAUUUGUCAUGGCUGACUUACAUAUCAGUUUAUAUAAAUACACAAAGACAUUUUACAUGUUUUGUAAUAGCCUAUCUCUGAGAUGAUCUCACUGUUUUACAUCCUAGUGUGGCCCAUUACAUAAAGUAUAAUAGUAUAAUGUAUAAUAUUUGAAAAUAUAUAGUUACUGUAUUUAAAAGAAAUUUAUUUAUAUUCAAGCAUUGCCGUUUUUUAUCUGUUUUCCUGUGUCAUUUAUAAAAAGCUACUUUGGUGUACCUUCGUGC